CGGAAAACUCCACUGAAUGUCACUGGGGAACAAAAUCGCCUUAUGUCAUCCAACUCCAGUCUAAAGUCAGAAGAACAGAGCUAGAGACGCCGUAGUCUCUGGCUUCUCCAGUCUCUCGUCAUUCCGUUGUUUUGAGGCGCCUGGUCCUGUGCCGUUACCGUUUCUCCUCACUGUUACAGUACCAUUACUAUAUUGCAGUUCUCUUCUACCUUGUCAGAUCCCCUCUUUCAGCGUCAUUCUCUACCAUCCCUCUCUCUCCUCCACUGUAUCAGUAUCGGCGCAAGUACAGUACAGUACAAUACAGUACAGUUUCCAACAACCAGCUCCUUUAUCUUAUUAGUGCGCCCGUACGGUAUCUUGGAUCGCCGCUUAGGCCUUUCCCUCUUCCCAACUUACUUUAAGCCUCCGCUCCAACCUACCUACCUACCAACUUGAUGUCUUCCCUCGUCUCAGAGUUUCUCAUCAACCCCGUCUUGCGUCAGGCUCGUCGAUUUUCCGAAAUCUCGCGAUCUACCUUCACUGGCGAUGGAGGCGACUCGACCGAACACGCUGACGCAGUGAGCGAUUCCGGUCAUCCUGAUAGUCCUGUCUCUGCGCCUGUACCUGUACCUCUGCCAGUACCUGAGCCGGCACCGGUGCCGAUCAUCGAGUCUCCCCUCACCAGACCCCUCAGCGUCUCGACCCAAGAAACAAGAGUUGAAGAACCCGAACCAGUUCCAAUCAUGUCCCAAGAAACUCCUCCCCGCGAUCAUAUCGGGAUUGCUCUGAGCCCACUUAGCUCUCGUCGGAUUCCGGAAGAUGAUGGUAUGCGCGAGUUGCGAUCCCGGAUCCAUUCGAUCAACGCCCAAGACAUACCCCAAAAUGAUAAAGCGCGGUUAAUCCACGAUAUUCUGUUGGAAGGAUAUAAGUCGUCCAAGACAGUACCGCUUGUGAAGAAGAUCCUGGAGAGUGGUGAAGGCUUGGAUGUACCUCUGUCGCAAUCACCGUCGUCGCCAGUAUCGAGGCCGUUGAAGUUCUGGCAGAACCAACCGGAUGAGGAAAUAUUUAUCUUGAGUGAGGAAGACAAAGCACCGACGUAUGUACCUGUGAAGCCGCCGAAACGACAUGGAAGUGAGACUCCAGUGGAACCUUUAGAGGUAGUACCAGAAACGGAACAACCUCUUGGAUGCCAACACUACGAACGAAACGUCAAGCUCCAGUGCUUCACAUGUAAGAAAUGGUACACCUGUCGUUUCUGUCACGAUGCGAACGAGGAUCACAACCUCAUCCGCACAGAGACCAGGAACAUGCUCUGCAUGCUUUGUGCAACACCACAGAAGGCCUCGGACAUGUGCAUCAACUGCGGCGAGUUGUCGGCAUACUAUUAUUGCGAUAUUUGUCACUUAUGGGAGAACCGUCAAAGUAAACCCAUUUACCACUGUAACGACUGUGGUAUUUGUCGUCGAGGCAUGGGCCUCGGCAGGGACUUCUUUCACUGCAAGACCUGUCGGGCAUGUAUUUCGACCUCGAUUGAGGGCUCUCACAAGUGUAUCGAGAGAUCAACAGAUUGCGACUGUCCCAUCUGUGGCGAGUACCUCUUUACUUCACCACGGCCUGUGGUCUUCAUGGCUUGCGGUCAUAGUAUCCAUAAGAAGUGCUACGAACAGCAUAUGAAAGUCUCGUACAAAUGCCCGAUCUGCAAUAAGAGUCUUACGAAUAUGGAGAGCCAGUUCCGAAAUCUGGAUGUUGCCAUCCAGACUCAGCCCAUGCCACCGGAGUUCCGCGACACCACUGCCGUUAUUCUGUGCAACGAUUGCUCCGGGAAGAGUACUGUUCGAUAUCACUGGUUGGGUCUGAAAUGCUCCAUAUGCCGGUCAUACAAUACGGUAGAACUGAAUAUCGUGGGAGGUGACAGCACAGGAUCACAACCGCCUGCUGAAAUGCAACCGAUCGUGGAAACUGGACGGGAUGCUUCUGGAUCUGUGAGUGGAAACCGAGCACCUAUCACAGUGGGAAAUAGGCGCAGACAUUCGUCUCACGGUGUUGAGGCUCAAUACCGCGCUCCAGAUAGAGUUGCACGAUCAGUGUCCCCUGGCAAUUUGGGUUUCGACUCGAUCAUGGCACACCUGCCACCAGACGAAGAGUCCGAGGACGAUAUCCUUGGAAUCUGGAGAAUCCGAAACCGUGGCAACAAUUCAUCAGAGAAUGACGAAGACUCUGAACUGGAUGAUCUCAGCGACACCCUUUCGGACGCUGAAGAGGAAGACGAUGAUGAUGACGAAGAAGACGAAAACGAAAUUGUUCUUAUUGGACAUCGAUGAGCAAUCACAAAACAGCAUGAUACAAAAAUUCAAAAGGGUUGGCUAGGUUGUUUUACUGCAAGGCGUUGGCGGAGACUGCAUUCACUUGGUGGGGGGAAUACCAGUUGGAGGCUACUGACUGACUAUAUGUGUACGAAGGGAUGUGACUAGGUUGGUGGUUUGCAUCUAGGGCGCUUAUUAUUCUGCGUUGAUCUUGGGUUUUUGAAUAAGAUUCAACGGACACAAAGUAAGGUAGCAUGAUUGUUUGAGUAUGUACCUAGGGCAUGAGUACAACAAAAUCUCUAUUCUGGCAGAGU